CGUGACAGCGCGGGGGUUUGUUGCUGUCACAGAUUUGUAAAGUGUAGAGCCGCGAGACAGAGCCGUCUGGAGCGCGCGCACCGAAAAGAUGGAGCAGUCGGCGACAGAAGACCGGGUUUUCGCCGCGGAAUCCAUCCUGAAAAGCCGCGUUAGGAAAGGUCGAAUCGAGUACCUGGUUAAAUGGAAAGGUUGGGCACUAAAGCACAGCACAUGGGAACCCGAGGAGAACAUCCUAGAUGAUCGACUCAUCACAGCCUUUGAGCAAAAGGAGCGUGAGCAGGAACUUUAUGGCCCAAAGAAACGUGGACCUAAACCAAAAAACUUUGUACUAAAGGCACGGGCACAGGCGGGUGAUAGACCUCGAAGCUCAAAUACCCGACGCACUCCACCUCGCACCACUGCGAAGCCUCCAACCUCGUCCUCUUCUGCAAGUUCAGCUGCUCCUCAGCCUUCAUCAUCCUCUUCCUACUCCACCGCUCCAACCCCCAGAGUGCACUCUCUCGCUGCUGCUCAUAAACUGAAGAAAGACAUCCAUCGUUGUCAUAGAAUGUCUCGACGACCUUUGCCACGACCUGACCCUCUGGCUGACCCCACAGGAUCCACAUAUUCAUCCCGUCCUCCCAUCUCUCCAUUCUCUGAAACUGUCCGCAUUCUCAACCGUAGGGUAAAACCUCGGGAGGUUAAGCGGGGACGCAUAAUCUUAAACCUGAAGGUCAUUGACAAAUCGGAAAAUGGUGGAGUAGCCAGUAGAAGGUCACCGCAGUCAUCCACUGCGCGGGCGAAAAUCCCAUCCCGAAAUCGUAUCAUUGGGAAAAAGCAUGGGGACAUGCCUUAUAGGCCAUUCCAGCAUCCUAUGAAGAUGUUGGGUUUCCCAAUGUACGGCCAGCCAUUCGGGCUUCACCCCUGUGGGCAGUUGUCCUCCAUGGCCAAUGAAGGGUCCAACACUGGAGCCAAUCAAAGAGGUGGAAGCUUCUGUGGUAGCCAUUCCCCUGCAAAUGCGCAGAAGUUUCAGUACCAGCCUCCACCUUCUCCAUCCAGCUCCAGUGGAUCUAACGGCAGCUCCCCUUCACCUCAGAAACAACCGACUCAACCUGAAGCUCCUACAUCAACUAAAUUGGGCUCCCCAGCCUCAUCAUGCUCCCGAGAUAGCACCCAACCUCACCCAAAGUCCAGCUCAGCACCAUUCCUCCCUUCCUCACCCUCCUACUCAUCCUCCCCAUCAUCCUCUCUUGAAGACGAAGACCAGGGCUCUCCAAAUGUCGCCACUUCGCGGGGUGGAAAACGGAAACUCCGACAUCGAACCCAGGCGGGUCAAGCGUCGGUCAGCCAGUGAUCCUGUCUUUCCACAGCCUUUUUGCCCAGUAAUUGCACCUUGUCUUGUCACCACCAGUCCAGUAGAGACCGCCAUUCCCAUAUCUCCAGACCUAAAGUUCAGAAUCCACCCAGAAAAUGUUGUAUCUUAACAGCUUUCUUGGACUCGAGACAUUGGACCAAGAAAUUUUUUAUCUUUUGAGGUGCAUUGUUGAGUUGCACACAAGAUGCUUCACUCCUGCUUUGGAAGUUCAACCGGUGUGGGUGAAGAUAGUGUAUCUGCACACACACUUGUUAGAUAACACUUAUUGUGGCAAUAUGCCCAUUUAGGCAUCCAACCCAUGCAUUGAUCUUGCCAACUGUUUCCUUUGCUAAUGAAGAACCAUUGCUCAUGAAGAACCCAAGUCAUCAUGGCGCUCACUAGAUUACCCGGGCGUAGACGUGACACUAUUUAUAUGCACCAAGCUGCGAAAUCCUGAGGACAGUUAAGUUAUUUCCUUCUGCUUGAACGCUUUGAUCCAGAUGUCUGCCGAGACUCUAAACUGACUCAAGUGUGAAUGCUAAAGGACUGCAUCUAAAGUGUGGUACUGUACGUUAAACCUUCCACAUAAUCAACAACCCACUUUCCUUAUUGGAGAAGUACCUUCUCAUAUUUGCCUUCUGACUACAAUAGUUUGUGUUUCAUGUAAUAGUUACUGUAUUUUUGGGGUUGGUAACCAGGGGUAACUUCUCUCAGAACUUGAAUGGAGGAGUUCAGAUAUCAUUUUAGAGACUUUUAGAGUAAGUGGGUCUCAAACCUACCAAAUAUAACAGAUUGCCUUGGUUGAUGAAACCCUCUUUCACACUUUCAAACGAGACAGUCCGGGACCAUGAUUAUUGUGAGUGUUAUGCUGGUGACUGCAUGUCGUUGGCCCCUUGAGCUUGUCUGCAGGUCCGACCAGGUGCUAGAAUUGCCAAUACAGACCUGGGAUAAAGCUAGCUUGUUUAGUUGGUAGGUGCUUGGGAUGUGUCUGUAACGAGAUUGGUAUUUGUCCAAUAAUAUCUAUCAAUCUAUCUAUAUAGUUAUAAAUCUAGAUAUCUAUCUAUCUAGUUUCGAAAAUGGUAUCUGUGCAUUGAUAGUACAUACUUAGAUAUAUAUACAUAGAUGCCCCAUUAGCAUCUGUUUCUAAGGGCCAUUACAUGUAAGCCAUCUGCCAUAUUGGAACGGUCAAAGCUGGUCUGUGAAAACUCGAAAGAGAGUUGACUGUGUCUGCAAUUAUAGUUUGAGACGCAUGUUUAAAUAUUGAUAUCUGCAAUAGACUUCAGCAGGUGAUUUUGCUACACUAACAAAAUACAAGACAAAGUCAUCAGCUAAUACGACAUUUAAGAGUUACUAUAGUAAAAGAAAAAACAUUAAAAAGACCCAUAGUAAAAACCUGUAAUAUUGAGUAAAUUCAUAAUGGUCCAUUUUACAGACAGGGCUUAAGCCUAGUCCCAGACUAAAAUGCAUGUUUGAGCUGUUUUAACUGCAAGCAACUUGCACUGACAUACCAUACAGGCAUGUUUAUAAAAGCUAUUUAAAGGAACACACCACUGUUUUUGAAA